UAGAAAUCAAUACCGAGAAAAAAAGUUUCCAGUUCCAAGGCUUCCUUUCAACCUUUGAUGUAAAAAAAGGGUCUCCAAACCCUCAUCUUCCUUUGCCCAUUCACUGGAUGGUUCCCGGGUGCCUUUUCCCCUCCCGCCUUUCCUCUCCUCCACUCGUGUCUCUUAACACCUUCUUCCUCUUCUCUUGAAACAACGAGUUGGCUGGCGGGACUCUAAGCUACCUCUCCAGCAGUCCUAGCUAUUUCCGUGCCAGUCUUCCUCCCGCAAGACUCGUUAUUACCAUCCACUCACCUCUUGAUACGCGACGAUGCCAUCCUUGAUUGGGAAUGGGGAUAUACAUCCUCGCGUCACAAAAUUCACAAACUGCCGCCUUGCCAUCGACGGGAAGCUCAUUGAAAAAGACUUGUGGAUCGACUCUGUGUCGGGCAAAAUACUCCAGGAUCAACGCGCCUUUUAUGAGGAUCAUAUCUGCCCCGAUCAAGUCAUCGACCUUGGAGGACGUAUCUUGGCCCCGGGUUUCAUCGAAGUACAGAUCAAUGGCGCCGCUGGAUUCGACUUUUCCGUGCCCCGAGAAACCAAAGACGAGUAUGACACUGGACUAAGAGUCGUAAAUCACGCGCUGAUAAAAAUGGGAAUCACGUCCUAUCUCCCCACGUUGACCAGCCAGAAGAAAGAAGUAUAUGCCAAGGUUCUCCCUUCUCUCGGCCCUUCUGGUCUCCUCCGCCGUGCUGAGGACGGCGCCGAAUCUCUCGGUGCUCACGUUGAAGGGCCAUUCCUUAGUCCCGGAAAGAACGGAAUCCACAGCCAUGAGGUGUUGAUUACCGCGGAAAACGGCUUCGAAGAUCUCAUCGAUUGCUAUGGAACCGAGAAUAUUUGUGUCGAUGAAGCUUCUACCGAUCUGAUCCCCGUUAAGAUGAUCACUGCCGCCCCAGAGGUGGGCGUCAUGCUCUCGCUCAUCCCUCAGAUCCAAUCCCAGGGCAUUAUCUAUUCCAUCGGUCACUCCGACGCAACAUACGAACAGGCUGUCGCUGCCGUCGAUGCUGGUGCCAACAUGAUCACUCAUCUUUUCAAUGCCAUUAGACCCUUCUACCACCGUCAUCCGGGAAUCUUUGGUCUCCUCGGCCAGUCCGAGAAACACCGGCCGUUUUACGGCAUUAUUGCCGACGGUCUUCAUCUCCAUCCGACAACUAUCCGGAUCGCCUAUAACGCUCAUCCGAAGGGGAUGAUCCUUGUCACUGACGCCAUGAGGCUAUGCGGCAUGCCAGACGGUAUAUACGAUUGGACCAAUGGCGAGCGGAUCGUCAAGAAGGGCGCAUUGCUUACUCUCGAGGGCUCGGAUCGCCUGGCAGGAAGUUCAGCCACGCUCAUCGAGUGCGUGAACAAUUUCAGACAAUGGGCCGGUGCAAGGACCGUGGAUGCCAUUGCUGCAGUGACAGAGACGCCUGCAAAGAUGUUGGGUAUCUUGGGGACCAAGGGUACACUGGCGCAUGGUGCUGAUGCAGAUUUGGUUGUGCUGGGAGAGAAAAGGGAUGAGAACGGAGGCUUGGGAACUUUGACAGUUGACCAGGUGUGGAAGUUCGGCGUGAAGGUGUUUGACGCUGAGAAGGCCUAGGGAACUAACCACGGCACAGAUUGAUCAUCAUAAAUGUUCCAUUCUGCUAUCUUACAGCGUAAAAUACCCUAAUGUCUCUUUGUUGACCAAAAGAAGAAAGUUCACCUUCUCUCCCUCUUUGUGAUCUGCUUCUGUGGUUUAUUGCUCGAGCUGCUUUGAUCUUAGAACAUGAGAGUACCUAGAUGCACGCUUCGUCGAAUAGUUACACGG